CGGCAGAGCGGGCGGUUCGCCUCCUUAGAGCCCCGUCGUCAGGCGAGGCCCGCGAGCGGCGGCAACACCUCGAGCGGGACGCGGCGGGCUGAAGGAGAAGCGGGAGAGGCGCCUCAGGAGCUGGAGCCAUGUUCGGGGGUUGGUCGAGAAUCUUCGAGGACGAUCCUUUCUUUCGGGAUCCAUUUGCCGCACACAAUGAUCAUAUGCGUCGUUUCUUAUCUGAACCUUUUGGACGAGAUCCAUUCCUCUCAAUUAAAGAUGGUGGGGAAGGAGCUGUACAUCAUAGAGGACGUCCUGAUUCUCAGGUUGCUUUAAGAGACAAUCACAAGACGAUGAGCUGUUCCCUUAUGCCUUUUGGCAGUUUUGGUGGCAUGGCAGCGAGUUUUCCGCUUAUGCCUUUUGGCAGUUUUGGUGGCAUGGCAAUGAGUUUCCCUCUUAUGCCAUUUGGCUGUUUUGGUGGCAUGAACAUGGAUUUCAGGGAUCAUUUCUCUGCAAUGGACAGAAUGAUGUCAAACAUGAGAAACAGUAUGAUGGAAUUGCACAGAAAUUUUGAUAAAAUGGCACUUGAUCCAAAUGGUCACUCGUUCAGUUCUUCCUCAGUGAUGACUUAUUCCAAGAAGGGUGAUGAACCUCCAAAGGUUUUCCAGGCUUCAGCUCAGACACGUGUGGCUCCAGGAGGGAUUAAAGAAACCAGAAAAGCACUUAAAGAUUCUGAAAGUGGGCUUGAAAAAAUGUCUAUUGGUCAUCACAUUCAAGAUCGUGCUCAUGUUGUUCAGAAGGCCAAGAACAACAAAACUGGUGAUGAGGAACUGAAUCAAGAAUUUGUCAAUUUAGAUGAAGAUGAAGCUCGUGCAUUUGAUGAACAAUGGCAGAAGGAGAUUCUGAGGUACAAGCCCUCAGGAACAAGAAAUGGUAUAGAUGCACCAAGACAUAGAAACAGCCAUCACAUAAGCAAGGAAGAUGCAACAAGGAGAGAGAAGACCCCCCGCCCAAGGGUAUCCAUUGAGGGACCCAGGAAGCCUAAACCUUCUGUGGAGAAGCUCAAUAUCAAGGGAUCACAUGUUCCGCUCAAAACCAGCAAAAAAUAAAUUGCUGUGUUGCGUUUCAUGUCAUCAGGCUGUUUCUUCGGAGGACGCAAUAAUUCUGGAUCAAUGACUUAAGACCAAGCUCUCUGUUUCUAGCAGUAGUGAAUUUUGCUCUCUUGACUAUUGAAUGUUUGUGAUAGCUCCAGCUCCUUGGUAACAUUUGGCUUUGAGAGUAGUUAAGGAAAAACACUGAUGCUGGAAAGCACUUUAUGGAGUUAUUUUUUUUUUUUAGUAUGAGGCAGAAUGUCAAAGCAAAUGGUUUGCAUUAACAGUGCUCCAGCAAGUGUAGAGCCAAAA